GUGUCUCCAGCCGCCGAACGGCUGCGCUACAUCCUGGGCGAGGAUGACGACCCACCAAACCCCACCCUGUUCACAGAGAUGGACACAUUGCAGCAUGAUGGGGAGGAGCUGGAGUGGAAAGAAUCUGCCAGGUGGAUAAAGUUUGAAGAAAAGGUAGAAGAAGGAGGGGAAAGAUGGAGCAAACCUCAUGUGUCAACGUUAACAUUGCACAGCCUGUUUGAGCUGCGCACGUGUCUGCAGACUGGAACAGUGCUCCUGGAUCUCGAUGGCUACUCCUUGCCACAAAUCAUAGAUGAUGUCAUAGAAAAGCAGAUAGAAGCUGGCCUGCUGAAGCCAGAGCUGAGGGAGAAAGUGACCUAUGUCCUCCUGAGGAAGCACCGCCACCAGACCAAGAAACCCAUCCACCGGUCCUUGGCAGACAUCGGCAAAUCCGUGUCAUCCAGCACAAUUCGCAGCCCUGUCCGGACCCCGGCUGCCGGAGCUGCCUUUCACCGCUCCACCGAAGAUCUCCGCAUGAGGCAGAGCGCAAGUUACGGACGUUUACGCCAUGCCCAGAGCCGAAGCAUGAAUGACAUUACAGAGGCGCCAAGCACAGAUCAGCUGAAAAACAAGUUCAUGAAGAAGAUCCCCAAAGAUGCGGAGGCCUCCAACGUGCUGGUGGGAGAAGUGGAUUUCCUCGACAAGCCCUUCGUGGCCUUCGUGCGGCUUAUACAGGCGACGAUGCUGGGUGGAGUGACGGAGGUGCCUGUCCCCACCAGGUUCCUUUUUAUUCUCCUGGGCCCUUCCGGAAAAGCAAAAUCCUACAAUGAGAUUGGCAGAGCCAUCGCGACCCUCAUGGUGGAUGACCUCUUCAGUGACGUUGCCUACAAAGCCAGGGACCGAGAAGACCUGAUCGCUGGGAUUGAUGAAUUUCUGGAUGAAGUUAUUGUCCUGCCACCUGGCGAGUGGGAUCCCAACAUCCGAAUAGAGCCCCCCAAGAAACUGCCAUCUGCUGACAAGAGGAAAUCUGUGUUCUCCCUGAACGAGGCAGGGCAAAUGAAUGGUGUGGCUGGCGGAGCAGCCGGAGGCAGCGGCGGUGGAGGGGGUGGCAGUGGCAGUGACGAUGGAGAGAUGCCAGCUGCACACGAAGUCGGGGAGGAACUUCUCUGGACGGGCAGGUUUUGUGGGGGCCUGUACUUGGAUAUCAAGAGGAAGCUGCCCUGGUUCCUGAGUGAUUUCUAUGAAGGCUUCCACAUCCAGUCGAUCUCUGCCAUCCUCUUCAUCUACCUGGGCUGCAUCACCAAUGCCAUCACCUUCGGGGGGUUGCUUGGUGAUGCGACGGACAACUACCAGGGUGUCAUGGAGAGCUUCCUCGGCACGGCAAUGGCGGGCUCGGUGUUCUGUUUCUUUGCCGGGCAGCCACUCAUCAUCCUGAGCAGCACAGGACCCAUUCUCAUAUUUGAGAAGCUCCUCUUCGACUUCAGCAAAGGCAACAGCAUCGACUACAUGGAGUUUCGCCUGUGGAUCGGCCUCCACUCUGCCCUGCAGUGCCUUAUUCUGGUGGCCACCGAUGCCAGCUUCAUUAUAAAGUACAUCACACGCUUCACUGAGGAGGGCUUCUCCACCCUCAUCAGCUUCAUCUUCAUCUACGACGCCAUCAAGAAGAUGAUUGGAGCCUUCAACUAUUACCCCAUCAAUUCAGACUUCAGGCCGGACUACGUCACCAUGUACAAGUGCGAGUGCAUCGCUCCUGACCAAGUGAAUACAACCUUGUUCAAUGCUUCAGCCCUGCUGUCACCCAGCGACACUAACAUGUCUAUGUACAAUACUAUUAAUAUGACAGCUCUGGACUGGACCCAGCUGAGCAAGAAGGAAUGCCUGAAGUACGGCGGCAGUCUAGUGGGGAAAUCCUGUAACUUUGUUCCCGACCUGGCCCUCAUGUCCUUCAUCCUCUUCUUUGGGACCUACUCCAUGACACUAACGUUGAAGAAGUUCAAGUUCAGCCGCUACUUUCCCACCAAGGUCAGGGCCUUCAUUGCCGACUUUUCUAUUGUCUUCUCCAUCCUGCUGUUCUGUGGAAUAGACGCCUGUUUUGGACUGGAGACCCCGAAGCUGCAUGUCCCCAGUAUAAUUAAGCCCACCCGCCUUGACCGAGGGUGGUUUGUGUUCCCGUUUGGCAAGAAUCCAUGGUGGAUCUACUUGGCCAGCGCGCUCCCCGCUCUCCUGGUCACCAUCCUGAUCUUCAUGGACCAGCAGAUCACAGCCGUCAUUGUCAACCGGAAGGAGCAUAAACUGAGGAAAGCAGCAGGCUACCACCUGGACCUGUUCUGGGUCGGGAUCCUGAUGGCCAUAUGCUCCUUCAUGGGGCUGCCCUGGUACGUGGCGGCCACCGUCAUUUCCAUCGCGCACAUUGACAGCCUGAAGAUGGAGACCGAGACCAGCGCACCAGGGGAGCAGCCGCAGUUCCUGGGCGUGAGGGAACAGCGAGUCACUGGGAUCAUCGUCUUUGUCCUGACGGGGAUAUCUGUCUUCUUGGCUCCAAUUCUGAAGUAUAUUCCAAUGCCAGUGCUGUAUGGCGUCUUCCUGUACAUGGGGGUGGCCUCUCUCAACGGCAUCCAGUUCUGGGAUCGCUGCAAGCUCUUCCUGAUGCCGGCCAAGCACCAGCCCGACUAUGUCUUCCUCCGCCACGUGCCCCUGCGGCGGAUCCACCUCUUCACUCUGGUGCAGAUCAUCUGCCUCGCCGUCCUCUGGAUCCUCAAGUCCACCGUGGUGGCCAUCAUCUUCCCUGUCAUGAUUUUGGCCCUAAUCUUGGUGAGGAAGAUGCUGGACUUUGUCUUUUCCCAGCAUGACCUAGCCUGGAUUGACAACAUCAUUCCCGAGAAAGAGAAGAAGAAGGAGGAUGACAAGAAGAAGAAGAAAAAAGGAAACCGAGGGGAGGACAGCAGUGAAGAUGAGGAAAAAGGUCCUUCUGCCGGAGCACCGCGGUCCGACUGCUCUCCCAAUGGCUCGGACCUGGAUCGCAGCAUCACGCUGCACCUGAAGAUCUCCUGCCCGUCCUCCCCUGCUUUCAGCUAUGCACGGACCCCGAUCUGCACCGUGCCCCAGGUGAAGAUCGAGAUGGAGUCAGACUCGGAAGACACUGACCCCGAGAAGCCUCCCCGGGACAUGGGCAGUGAGACCACGCUAUAGUCCCUGGUAGCACCGGCCUGGCAAUUCUAUGUAAAGACCAAAAUGAGCAUAUUUUUCUACGGGACAAACUGAGGAGAGGAGGGGCCCAGAGGCACACCCCUCCCGUGGCUUUUAGCGUAAGCGAUUAGAAGUGCAGUCUCCAACCCAUGCCGGGUAGGUGGGAGCAGCACCUGAGGACAUAGGACACCACAGGACCAUGGGGUUGAAGUCCCCCUGCAAUCCCCAGGCAGCUGCUGACAUCCGGAUGAAGGCGCCAAAGACAGGAGGGUCCCUCCGAGGGUGUUUGGAUUCGGGCAGCCUCGGCUCCAAAUGGCAGCCGCUCUUCCAGGAUCCUCCGUCGAUCCAACGGGCCUCCCACCUGCUCUCCUCUCGGGAUGCUCUUAGUCCACAUCCCCAGUAACUCGAGGCUCCCGAGGGCAGGGUUUGGAGCUGUCGAGGCACGCUCCUCACAAGGGAUCUGUGGCAUUUGCCCCAGAGGAGGGGGCUCAGGGAUCUGAAACGCGGCUUGUAGCAGGGUCUGCUUUGUGCUCCCCACGGCACCCCGCAGGAACCCAGGCCCAAGCUGAGUGAGGGAGAUUCCCUGCCUGGGGAAUCCUGUUCCCCGGAGAAGCCCUUCCAGCCAGCUCCGAACAACGCAGCGGUGGGCCCCAGCCAGUGGAGGAAGGAGCAUCUGCUCUGCAGAGAAACAUACUGUGUCCCCACAGAGGAGUUGGAGGGGUGUAAAGGGCCAGGGUUGUGCCAAGGUCCACCUCCAGCCCCAUACCAAGCAGGUAUAGGUGGGUGGGUACAAGCCGAUCCAGGUGAGUGUACUCCUUGCUCUAAUGGGCUGUGUUAGAGAUGGAAG